AUGGGCAAAGGGUGGGGUGGGGAGAUGAGGGAUGGGGAGAAUGGGGACGGGGAGAUGAGGGAUGGGGAGGAGAGGGAUUGGGAGGUGAGGGUUAAGGAGAUGAAAAAUGGGGAGGGGGGGCAUGGGGAGAAGAGGGAUGGUAAGAUGAGGGAUGGGGACAUGAGGGACGGGGAGAAGAGGGAUGGGGAGAUGUGGGAUGGGGAGAUGAGGGAUCGGGGGAUGAGGGAUGGGGAGAUGAGGGAUGGGGGGACGAGGCAUGGGGAGAUGAGGGAUGGGGAGAUGAGGGAUUGGGAGAAGCGGGAUGGGGAGGUGAGGCAUGGGGAGGUGAGGGAUGGGGCGGAGAGGGAUUGGGAGGUGAGGGAUAAGGAGAGGAGGGAUGGGGAGAAGAGGGAUGGGGAGAAUGGGGAUGGGCACGGGGAGAAGAGGGAUGGUAAGAUGAGGGAUGGGGACAUGAGGGACGGGGAGAAGAGGGAUGGGGAGAUGUGGGAUGGGGCGGAGAGGGAUGGGGGGACGAGGCAUGGGGAGAUGAGGGAUGGGGAGGUGAGGCAUGGGGAGGUGAGGGAUUGGGAGGUGAGGGAUAAGGAGAGGAGGGAUGGGGAGGUGAGGCGUGGGGAGGUGAGGGAUGGGGAGGUGAGGGAUGGUAAGGUGAGGGAUGGGGAUGCGAGGCAUGGGGAGAUGAGGGAUGGGGGGACGAGGCAUGGGGAGGUGAGGGAUGGGGAGAAGAGGGAUGGGGAGGUGAAGGAUGGGGAUAAGAGGGAUGAGGAGGAGAGGGAUGGGUGUACACGACGGAAGGGGAGUUAG